GCCGCCUCAGUCGAGUCCACAUCGCGCCAAGUCGCACCGGUCCGCUGCCACAGCGCCACCACCGCGCGUAAAAAGUUUCUACUACUACGAAACUUGCGAGCGUAGUGAUAAUACUCCUAAACUCAAACUAAAUAUAUUUGAAGUAGAAUUACAAUACUGUGACACGUAGCUAUAGGACUGCAUUUACUAGUUUGUGUUACUUACAUAAAACCUGUGUUUUUUUUUAUAUUAGGUAAAAAAAUCUGUAGCUACGAAAAUUUCAGAUAAACUCUAAAUACAAUUCCACACUGACUUCUUAAUUUUUGCUGGAAAUAUUUUGAAUAAGUGGCUGUAGACGCAGGCCACGAUAGCGUCGAGACGCGAACUUUCAAGCUUAAGAUUGCAAAGACUAUGUCCUGUGUCAUCGAUGGGAUGUUCAGACGGUGACAGCGUGUGGCCAGCAGGCGGCAGGUUGGGAUCGGAGGCAGUCAACUUGAUGCUGCUUCAAGGUGAAGGGAGAGAGCGGCAGGGGCCCGCCAUGGAGGAGGACUGCUCCGCGCGCCCCUGUGCCACUGACUUCUCCAUUGCUGCUAUAAUGGCAAGAGACAGACAAGAAAGACGGGAGAGACGAAGACACAGGGACCCUCGUGAAGACACACUCACUCCCUUAGAGAAAUUUGUGGAUGCAGCUGCAUCAGCCUCUGGAUCACCCUCCCCUCCACUGGCGGAGUACGAACGUGACUCCCCAGUGGAUGUGUCGUCAACGUCAGAGGCAGGCUCGGCGAGCGGCGCAGCGAGCGGCUCGCGAGCAAUCUCCCCACCUCCAAGGAAUCCGCAGCUUGUGGAGCGAUGGUCGAGCGAAGAUAUGCGGCAUAUACAAUGUCACCUCGAAACGAAGGAACUAUGGGACAAAUUCAAUGAAUUAGGAACUGAGAUGAUCAUCACAAAAACUGGAAGACGCAUGUUUCCGACGGUGCGUGUAUCGUUUGCGGGAUGCCGCGCUGAAGCCCGGUAUACGGUGCUGCUGGACGUGGUACCGGUGGACGGGAAACGGUACCGGUACGCGUACCACCGCUCCUCGUGGCUGGUCGCCGGCAAGGCGGACCCGCCCGCUCCCGCGCGCCUCUACCCACAUCCUGACUCGCCCUUCUCCGGUGACCAGCUGCGAAAGCAAGUCGUCUCCUUUGAGAAGGUCAAGCUUACCAACAAUGAAAUGGAUAAGAAUGGACAGUUGGUGUUAAAUUCAAUGCACAAGUACCAACCCCGAAUUCACCUGGUUCUUCGCCGAGAAGGUGCCUUGAAUGCCCCUAUUACUGAUCUGGAGCAGGAAGAAUUCAAGACUUUCAUAUUCCCAGAAUGUGUUUUCACUGCAGUAACGGCAUAUCAAAAUCAACUUAUCACAAAAUUGAAAAUCGACAGUAAUCCGUUCGCGAAAGGUUUCCGUGACUCUUCUCGUCUCACCGAGUUUGAAAGAUUCUACGUCACGGGGCAGCAUGAUGGAACAUCCUCCUACCCCGAUGACGUGCGCUUCAGCGCUGCUAAUCAUAGAGAGACGAUGGAGUCGAUGUUAGCGGAGCAGCACUACCUGCGGUCGCCUCUUCGACCGUUCGAUCUCGACCAGCAUAACAAUAAUCUAACAUUAGAGGAGAAAGCGAUUUUGGCCGCGCGAUCGCAACUGUUCUUACGGGCGGCGUACCCUCUGUACGGGGUGCCGGCGGCGGCGCUGUGGGGGCAGUGGGCAUGCCUGGCGCCGCAGCUCCUGGCGCAGCAGCACCUGGCGGCGUCCGGGUCGGGGCUGCAGCUGCCGCGGCCGCUGUACCCGGGCGGGCUGCCGGCCCCGGCGCAGCACCGGUUCUCGCCGUACCCGCCGCAGCCGCCGCGGCGCGCCUCGCCCGGCUCCUCGCCGGACUCGCUGCGAGACGCCAGCCCGCACCCGCCGCCGCUCACCCCCCACACGCCCCACACGCCGCACCCGCCGCACAGUCCCACUUAACGUGCCACUCAAUAAAAACCACCCCGAGCUCCCCGCACCCCACACAGUAAUUCAUUAUUGUGUACUCUGUGAAAUGCAAGAUGCAAGUGUGUUUGCUUGACUUUAAUUAUGACCACUUUGUAUUGUAUAGUGAAGGAUAAGCGGUCACCGCCGUCGGUCGGUGAAAUCCUUCGGCGGCCGACGUCGGCCUCGCGUCGCCUGCGCUGUGGGACAAUUAAAUUGCCUCAAAUUGGAAUUGAAGUCUAGUCGUCAUGGAGACGGCAUUUGUAAAAUAUUGUAUCAUAUAUAUUUAAUUGUAACUCAAACUUGUAAUUAUAUUGUUAUUAUAUCUUUAAUUAUGUUCCUAAAAGUAUUAACUCGUAGUGAUGGUUUCAGGAAACUUCUUGUUAUAGCAUUAGUGUAUUAGAAUAUAAAUACAUUGAAUGGAAGGCAUUUGGUAAUUAUGUUUGUUUCGUAUGAACCUGUCACUUGAUCCUUUCUCUAAGUUAGCUAUCGGUCGCACCUGAUUUCCGCUUUUUCAGGUAAAAUGUGCAAUAAAACAGAAAAGCUAAAUUGUUUUAGAAAACUUAUUCGUGUAGACAUAGUUUGAUUAGAAGUAGAUUUAAGUAAAUUGUAGGAAUUAUAUUUGCUGUCUGUGUUUACUGUGAAUUCCGUAUUUUGGGUAACUACAAUACAACGGACAAUUAGUUCACCUACAUAGUUACUUUGUAGUUAAAUUAUAGUUAUUAUAAUAGAUAAUA